UGAGUGGUCAAUUAUUCUCAAUCAAUGAUAGAGCUGCCUACGUGAAUGAGUUUGUUCGCAAAAAAGUUAAAUUGUUCUAUCGUUUCGAUUAGAAUCUAAUCUAUUCUAAUCGUUUCGAUACCAAUAUUUUAUGAACUAAAGAUUUAUAAUAUCCCUUGUGGAUAGUUCAGCAACUGCAAAAAUUUCCCAGCAAACACUGGAUACCUGGCGAUUCGAUGAACUAUCAGUUUGAUACUAUUGGUCGCAUCCAUCAUAUGUCGGAUCGCUGAUUUUCGAUGAAAAUGUUGAAAAGGAUGAUCAGCAUGGAUUGUCACCUUGGAUUAAAGAUCCCUGCUCAACAAAACUAGAAAAUAAGAAAAACAACAAAAAUGGCCAAUAACGACGCAGGACGCAGUGGAACGGACUACCAGCUGAAGGUUUUUAGACUGAUCGCUCUACAGGCCAUUUCAUUACAACAUGAAACAUGGGAAUUAUCAACAGAGAAUGAGAAUGCAGGGAAAUUUGAUGAUGUUGUUUUCGAAAGUGGAGAUGGUGGAAUUGAUAUUUUGAUACAAUGCAAACAUAAAAAAGGCAAAAAAAAAUCAAAGGAUCCAGUACUCGAUUGGAAAACCCUUCUUCCGGAAUAUUACAACUCCUAUAAGAUGAAAAUCUGUAACUCAUUCAAACGGAAGCUAUUGAUGAUAUUAUGCUCAAAUAUUGGUCCUUCGGAUGGUGAUUUCCUAGAACCCAUAAAGAUUGCUAUAAUUCCAGGAAAGUACAAAUCUUAUCAAUUCAAAAGCUCAAAAAUAAAAGAGAUUCAAGGAAUAUUGAAUGCAUUUGAUGAUCAUUCACUGAAAUUUUGUGAGGAAUUUAGGUUUCUUCAUAUCGACGAUUCAGCAAUAGAAGACGGUAUUAAAAACAAACUAGAAGAAGCACAGAAAAUGUUUGGUUUGAAAUUUUCUAAACUCGAUUUUAAAGAAAAAAUAGACGAAUUCUUUCAGGGAAAACUGCAAAAAGAAAGACGUAUCAGAAAGUCGCACGUUAUAGCUUUUUUAUACGACUCGCGACGUCAGGGUUACCUAGAAGAACUAGAUUCUUUUGAUACAGACUUCAAAAAAUUAUAUGACUUUGGUGGAAAUCAAAUGACCAAUAUUGUAUCAAAUCAUCAUUUCUUAAAUAUACUCAAGAUCCAUAGAAGCUUACUGAGAGUUCAUAGCCCCAGCAGAAACAACCAACAUUACAAAAAAGAUCAACUUCUGUUCAUCGAUCCAAGUGAUAGAAGUGUAAUUUUGGACAAAAUAAUAAUAUCGUUUGAGCUUGAUGUAUACUGCAUACUUGUCAUUUCCCUCAACUCUGAUCAAUUUCGUACAAUUAAAUCCCGUAUUAAUGAUAUAUUGAAUAAACGACAAUAUAAGAAAGUCAUACUUUUGUCAGAAGUCCCAAUCCAAGAUGAUGUAAUUCAGGAUGAAAUAAAAUUUACUGAUCUAACAGAAAGAUGCCAAACUACCCUUUUGUCAAAAGAAGUUAAUUUUCAAGGAAAAUGUCUGCCUAUUGAAGAGCUCAUCAAUAAUUCAGUGGAAAAUAUUGAUUCUUUAAUAGACCAAGAAACUAUUAUUGACUUGAUAAAUAAUAAAAAUAUCACAAUAGGUACAGCCAUUAGAGAAUUGGGUGAAAUUGAGCAUUAUUACAUAGAGAGAAAAUUUGAACUCGGAAAAAUGGUGUUCACGGAACAAGAUGUGUGCAAUUUCCUUGGUCAACCUGGAAAAUUCGUUCUGAUUUCGGAUGGAGCAGGAAUGGGAAAAACUACAAUCCUAACUAAGCUUGGGUGUUUGAUUAAGAAAACAUAUCCCAGUUCUUUCCUCAUAAGAGUCGAUCUGAAUAUGUUUACCAGCAUAUUCAAAGAAUUUCAAACAGCGGAUAAAAUCAGUUUAGAAGAGAUACUACAGUCGAAAGAUACGAAUUAUUUCAAAAAUAGUUUAGAACAGAAUGUUUUCUCAAAUACAAAAAACAUCAUCCUGAUGGUCGAUGCUGUAGAUGAAAUAAGUCCGGACUACACUAGUCUAGUUAACAAUUUUAUGCUUCAAACGUCUGUACGUAAAAAUGUUUCUAAAAUAUUUGUUACAACUCGUCCUCAUUUAACGGAGAAUUUGGAAUCCUUCCUUAAAACCAAAUCAUAUCAAUUACUUCCAUACUCAGAAUUAGAACAAACUGAUUUUCUUAUAAAAUACUGGAAGAGGAAUCUCACAAUAAAUGAUGAUGAAAAGCUAAUUAAAUGUGAGAUUUAUGCAAAAACAUUGAUAAGCAAAAUAAGAGGUUCGAUAGGAUUCACCUCUUGGAUUCUCAUAGGUAUUCCACUUCAGACCAGAAUGAUUGCGGAAAUAUUUCAGGGCUCUGAUGACAAGAAAUACCAGUGGGUGUGUUGUAAAGAGUUUUUACUAUCUGAAAAUGAGACCAUGAAAUUACCAGAUAAGUUUAACAUAACUAAAUUGUACGAUGUGUUUGUGGAGAAAAAACUGGAAAUUUUCAUCGAAGAAAAAUGCGCAACUGGAGGAAAUGUAAAAACAAAGGAGAUAAUUUCGAAAAAGUAUGAAGAUUAUAUAAAUGAGCACCAAAAACUUGCUGCUCGACUAUUACUUAAUAAUCACCAAUAUGCAUUGAUGAAUGUUUCGAAACAUGUUUACAAUAGCUCCAAGGAAAUUAUCAUCGGAAUGGGAAUGUUACAAGAAAUUGGAGACGAGCUAUUGUUCGUUCAUGAAACAUUCGCUGAAUAUUUUUUGGCAAACGCAAUAUGGGUACAAUUGAAAGAAACUGCAGAACGCAAUGAAUUUCUGAUGUUCCUUUUGGAACAAGUGUUCACUGAUUGGAAUUUUGAAAUAAUCAGAUCUUUUUUUGAAGGCAUCCUCACCAACGAAUACUCCCAAAUCCCAAUGAAAGUUUUUGAAAUUUGCGGUUCUACAUUUGACUCUAUAACUUGGCAUGAAUUCAAAAAUAUAAGCAUUUUAGUAAGAGAAGGCCGCAAAAAUAUCGUGAAACUAAUACUAGAGAAGAGUCAAAAUAAUGAAUCUGUUCUUCAUAACCAUGAUCGUUUAUUUGAAGGUAAAACUUUAUUAGGAAAAGCCCUUGAAUUUCAAGAAAUAAUAGAGUUUUUAUUGGACAAGGGAGCAGAUGUGAACGGGAGAGAUAAACAUGGUCGUACAAUCCUACAUUAUGCAGCCGAAGGGCGCAAAAUAGAAUUAGUAAAAUAUCUUGUCAGUAGAGGGGCCACAAUCCAUGUUGUAGACAGAAAAGGUUACACCCCAUUCCACUUAAGUGUGCAUGUGAAUUCCUCAGAGAUGCUCUCCUUUUUUAUCGAAAAUGGUGCUGAUGUGAAUACGAAAGCUGGAAAAGAAACUCCUCUACACCGUGCUGUGAAAAAUCAAGAUUUUGAAAUGGUCGAAGAACUGACGAGAAGGGAUGUCAAUAACCACGAGAAUAAUUGUAAUAAAGUGACUGCUCUGCACUUCGCAGAAUACGUGGGAAAUGUCAACAUACUGAAUCAUUUGUUGGAAAAAGAUCGGGGUCAUACACCCAGUGGAGUUGAUAUUGAUAUUCAGGAGAACGAUUGUAAAACUCCUCUCCAUUCUGCUGCAGAAAAAGGUCAUUUGGAUUGUUUGAAAAUCUUAGUGGAUAGUGGAGGUGAUGUUAACAUUCAGGAUAACGAAGGUGACACUCCUCUCCAUUGGGCAGCAUAUCAGGGUCAUUUGGAUUGUUUGAAAAUCUUAGUGGAUAGUGGAGGUGAUGUUAAUAUCCAGGAUAACAAUGGCGGCACUCUUCUCCAUUGGGCAGCACGUCAGGGUCAUUCGGAAUGUUUGAAAAUCUUAAUUGGAAGUAAAGGUGAUGUUAAUAUCCAAGAUAACAAAGGUGACACUCCUCUCCAUUGGGCAGCAUAUGAGGGUCAUUUAGAUUGUUUGAAAAUCUUAGUGGGUAGUGGAGGUGAUGUUAAUAUCCAGGAUAACAACGGUUACACUCCUCUUUAUUGGGCAGCAUAUCAGGGUAAUUUGGAUUUUUUGAAAAUUUUAGUGGAUAGUGGAGGUGAUGUUAAUAUCCAGUAUAACAACGGUGACACUGCUCUCCAUUGGGCAGCAUAUCAGGGUCAUUUGGAUUGUUUGAAAAUCUUAGUGGAUAGUGGAGGUGAUGUUAAUAUCAAGUAUAAAAACGGUGACACUCUCCUCCAUUGGGCAGCAUAUCAGGGUCAUUUGGAUUAUUUGAAAAUCUUAGUGGAAAGUGGAGGUGAUGUUAAUAUCCAGGAUAACAAAGGUGGCACUCCUCUACAUUGGGCAGCAUAUCAAUGUCAUUUAGAUUGUUUGAGAAUCUUAGUGGAUAGUGGAGGUGAUGUUAAUAUUAAGGAUUACGAAGGUGCCACUCCUCUCCAUUGGGCAGCAUAUAAGGGUCAUUUAUAUUGUUUAAAAAUCUUAGUGAAUAGUGGAGGAGAUGUUGAAAUCCGGGAUAACGACGGUACUAUUCCUCUCCAUAGGGCAGCAGGUCAGGGUCAUUCAGAUUGUUUGAAAAUCUUAAUUAGAAGUGAAGGUGAUGUUAAUAUCCAGGAUAACUACGGCCACACCGCUCUCCAUUGGGCAGCAUAUCAGGGUCACUUGAAAUGUUUGAAAAUCUUAGUGGGAAGUGGAGGUAAUGUUAAUAUCCAGUAUAACAACGGUGACACUCUUCUCCAUUGGGCAGCAUGUCAGGGUCAUUUCGAAUGUUCGAACAUCUUAGUGAAUAGUGGAGGGGAUGUUAAUAUCCAGAAUGAAAAAGGUGAAACUCCUCUUCAUUGGGCAGCAUAUCAGGGUCACUUGGAUUGUUUGAAAAUCUUAGUGGAUAGUGGAGGUAAUGUUAAUAUCCAGUAUAACAACGGUGACACUCUUCUUCAUUGGGCAGCAUAUCAGGGUCAUUUGGAUUGUUUGCAAAUCUUAGUGGGAAGUGGAGGUGAUGUUAAUAUCCAGGAUAACUACGGCCACACCCCUCUCCAUUGGGCAGCAUAUCAGGGUCACUUGAAUUGUUUGGAAAUCUUAGUGGGAAGUGGAGGUAAUGUCAAUAUCCAGUAUAACAACGGUGACACUCUUCUCCAUUGGGCAGCACGUCAGGGUCAUUUCAAAUGUUUGAACAUCUUAGUGAAUAGUGGAGGGGAUGUUAAUAUUCAGAAUAAAGAAGGUGAAACUCCUUUGCAUUGGGCAGCAUAUCAGGGUCAUUUAUAUUGUUUGAAAAUCUUAAUUAAAAGUAAAUGUGAUGUUAAUAUCCAGGAUAACAAAGGUGACACCCCUCUCGAUUGGGCAGCAUAUCGGGGUCGUUCGGAUUGUUUCGAAAUCUUAGUAAAUAGUGGAGCGAUGUGAUGUCAAUAUCCAGAAUAAACAAAGACAUAGUGUAUUAGAUUUUGCAAUUCUUUCAAAACAAGAAGAAAUAGUGAAAUAUAUGCAUGAUAGACCAAUUAUUCAGAAAUUGUGAAGUAGGUAUAUAUUUUGAUAUUUGAUAGAGAUUUUUAUCGGAUGAAGUAUAUGUCAGUUUUUUAUAUGCAACGAUUUUCUUAUUAUGUUGUAACAUCGACAUAUUAUUAUUUCUGAUUUCCUACUUCUGUUUGUUAGUUUUUCAGGUAAAGAUCUGUACUAGCUGCAUACACGUAACUGAUCAAUAGAAUGAGGAGAUUUUGUAUUUCGUGUAAAAUUUAUUAUCAAAUCGCAAAGCGCUUUCGGCAAAGAAGCCAUCAUCAGUGCUAUACUCGUCAAGUAUUUACAAAAAGCUCCAAAAAUUCGAGAUCAAAGACAUCAUUAUGGUACAAACAGAAUUAGGAACAGACAUACAUUUAACAAAAAAGUUCCCUAAUGGGUUAUUGUAAAAUUUUCCAAUUCCAAUAUACAGGGUGUAAACUGAUUUGGACUAUAUGCUGUAGGUAGGGGUCAAAAUAUAAGGAGACACACUGUACAUUCUACUGAGUUGAUUAUCAAGGAAUAGUGUGAGGAAGUUAUAAAAAUGUGAAUUGAUUAUGAGCAAUUGUAUUUCGCAAAAUUUUGUUAUACUAUUGAGACCAGCAUAUUCUGCUGCUUUGGAUAUUCUUCUAUUUCAAAUAUAUGUAUUAUAUUGAUCUGUUGAUUUCAAACGUAUUUAAUAUUAUUCAUACUAGAAUUGCAAAAUUUGGAUAGUUUAGAAGAAAAAAAUAAAGAAAAAGGUGUUGUUUUUCGAUUUAGAACAUAUAUUUUGUGAUUGUAUAUACUGGGCGAUAUUCCAAGGUGGCUCACCCAUAUAACUUUUUUUUAUUGGAGGCAGUAAAACGAAAUUCGGGGGCUGUGAAUUAUAGUUCAAUUGACAAUUUUUGACAUAUCUACUUGCUUUGGCGCACUUCCGGUUUGUCCGGAGAUGACCAGAACUUUCGAUUGGGCCACCCUGUAUUCGAUUACACAAUCGCUUAGGGAUUAUCAUAACGAAUUAAACGGUACCGAAAUUGAUACGGUUAUUUCGAAGGAUUACGAAGAUAUUCAUUUGCAUUCAAGGUUUCCAUAAGCUCAAUGAGGGUGACAGAGAAAGAAGUUUCGAUAUUUCGCCGUCACACUCAUUGGUCAUAUGCAAAUAUCUUCGUAAUCUUUGGGAGAAGUCCAUAGUUCCUCAAAUUGAAGUACUACUACUAAAUAAUACUCGAAGUCAUCUCCACGACAUUUAACUUGAUCAACAGAUCAAAUUACUUGGGUACAUGUUUCGGACAUAUAUAUGUACAUCCUCAGCCUUAUCGAAAAAUUACAAUAACGUCCUAGGAUGAAGGUGAAUAAAUACUGGAUGGAUAAAAAGUGCUUACAAGGAGAUGAAAAACUUGUAACUUAUCCCUUUUUUAUCCCCAUGUAAGCACUUUUUAUUAAUCCAGUUUUUGUAUCUAUUCAUUUUUGAUGAGGCUGAGGAUGGACAUAUAUAUGUCCGAAACAUGUACCCAAGUAAUUUAAUCUGUUGAUCAUAUUGAAUGUCAUGGAGAUGACUUCGAGUAUUUUUCAAUUAUCUUCGUAAUCGUUUGAAAUAACCUUAUCAAACCCGGUAUCGUUGAAUUCGUAAUGAUAAUACCAAACCGAUUAUAGAAUAACAUUCAGAGUGUGCCUUAUAAAAAUCGAAUGUUGAGGUCAUUUCUGGGCAAACCGGAAGUACGGCGAAGCAAGUAGAUAUGUCAAAUAAUGUCAAUCGAACUAUCAUUUACAGCCCCAGAAUUUCGUUUCACUACCCUCAAUAAUAAAAAAGUUAUAUUGGUAAGCCACCUUGGAAAAUCACCCGGUAUGUUUCAUAUUCUUCACGUGUUUUGUAUUGUUAGGUAUAUUUUGUAAGUUCUAUUCAAAUAUUGUAUUCAUAUUUCGUACUUUAUUAUAUUUUUUCAUUUAUAUGUAAAUAAUAAAUGUCGACUUCUUUGUCAA